GCCAUCCGGAUUUGGGCUGCUACACAAAGCCGCAAAGCCAUCUGUGUGGUGGGGAUUGUUUGGGACGUUCGGGAUUGAUUGCGAUAUGGCUGUGUGUUUGCGUUUUAUCGCAUCGUCGGCGUUUCUGGCGUCGUGAAUCGUCCCGUCCUACGUCCGACAGUUCAAUGGAGCGCGAUGGUGGAACCGAUCUUUGAUUACCAGUUCCGCCUGAUCCUGAUCGGAGACAGCACCGUGGGCAAGAGCACGCUGCUCAAGUCGUUCACCGACGGCAAGUUUCACGACAUCUGCGACCCAACUGUCGGCGUCGACUUCUUCGCUCGUCUGAUCGAAGUGAAGAAAGAUGUCAGGGUCAAGCUACAGCUCUGGGACACCGCGGGACAGGAGAGAUUUCGGUCCAUCACGCGGUCAUACUACCGUAACUCGGUGGGAGCCCUGCUGCUGUACGACAUCACCAAGAGGAGGACCUUCGAGCACCUAGUGGACUGGCUCUUCGAAGUGAGGCGCUACAUCGAGCCCCAGAAGGUGGUGUACCAGGUGGUGGGCUGCAAGGCGGACAUGGAGGCCUCCCGGGAGGUGAGCACAGAGGAGGGCCAGGCCUUCGCCGAGUUCUACGGGGUCAAGUUCCUCGAGACGUCGGCCAAGACGGGCCUCAACGUGGAGGAGGCCUUCGAGACCAUCGCGCGCGACAUCUACGCCAAGGUGGAGUCGGGCGAGUUCAAGCUCGAGGACGGCUGGGACGGGAUCAAAACGGGCUUCUUCAGGCCCGGCCUGCCCGGCUGCUACAUCGACCUGCUCGAAGCCAAGCCCGAAUCAACAGGCUGCUGCUAGCCCCAGUUCUUUUCGCUACACUGUGCUGGGAUCAAGAAGGGGGUGAGGGGGGUGACGAGGAUCCGAUCUCGUGCAAGAUCUCGUCUGUGGGCAGCAAACACGAUUGGCUGUAGAUUUGACGAGCACGCUGAUCCAAUGCCACCCAUGCUAACAAAGCCCGCACGCUCGAGUUUCGAGGCCAUCAUACUAUGAUGAGCGUGCCUAGGACGCGAUUUCGAUCGACGCAUUGACAAACAUGCCCUUACUCGCUGAGUGCGUGCAAUCAUAGUGGAAGGACAUUUCUUAAUGCAGGCAGGAAAGUGAGCACGCUUUGGUUACUAUAGGGGUCCUUGGUUGAACGGAUACAAAGUAGAAAAAGGCAAAGGGAACUAUGUAUUAAGUUUCAUUUUUUUCAUGAUUCUUUUUUUUUUUAGGACGAGUGAAUAGUUUAUUGGAACGUGGUUCUGCAGCACGAAGUUAGGUUUUCAAUUGUGGAGUGAGUUUGGGUCGACUGUAUGUGGCACUAUGUUGUUUUAAUGGCGCCGAUUGAAGCAACAUGGCUCUAGUAGCCCUCGAAAUCACAGACACAGAAAAGGCAAGUUGAGACUUAUGAAGAUUUAACAGAAGUUGAGCUGUACUUGACAAAUGACAUGGCCAAAAGUGCAGACAGUUUAGCUUUAAUUUAUCGUUCUAAUCAGAUGCUCACCACUUUGCCAAGAGAAGGGUGAAGCUGUUCUAUCUGAAAACUGCCUUUUAAAAAAUAUGCCCCUCCUGCCUUUAGUCUUUAACGAGGCUAGUCGUAAAAAUGAACAACGAACAGUUCCCCAUGUUUCUCGUCAAAUAAUAGCAUGAGAAUCACAGAGAUUGAAUUAUGAUUCCAUCGAGAGAAGGGUGUCACCAGUGAGAAGGUGUGUAGCAGAUGCAGAUGAGCAUUUCACUCUAUGGGAUUUCUGCGACCAUCUUUGAGAACAAAGCAUCUGUCUGCAUUUAGAAUAUAUGGUCUCGUGGGCUGUAGCAAUGAAUAGGUUAGUUACAAAUUGCCACUAGCCUUUUGGCAGACAGUGUUUGAUGUAGUAGCAUGGUCGCGAGAGUGCCUGUAUUCAGAGCGUGUUUUUGGCGUUUGCUACAACAGGAGAUAUUCAAAAGCAGUCAACUAUAAAAAGAAAAACUGCAUCAUAAUGGGGGGAAAAAAUUAACCUGGAAUGAUUUAAUAGUUGUUUGUGGCCCAUAUGUGCGUCGUCAUAGGGCGAAAAGAGGUGCUUCGGUGGCUGCUAGCCUUGCCACUCUCCUGAGACAUUCAACACCUCUGGCUCUAACUCUGCCAUUAGUUGGUUGGCUAUUUUGGGCAGCUGCAGUUUUUUUCGUAUGGAACUCGGAAGCUGAUCUUUUCCCAUCAUUGAACAAUUGCAUAGAGUGGGUACUUUCAUUCUACCACUUGAUUGAGUUUGAUUGACACAGUUUGGCUUUCACGCAUUCCCUUUCACCGUUUUAGUUGCAAGGUGCACUAUGUAGUGCUUGCUGGGCUGCACCGUAUUCCAAAGUAUUUAUGAGAGCGGCGUAAAUUCAGAUUUUUGCAUACCUGCAAUGGCUCGUGUUUAGUUAGUUUCAAGAUGACUUUGGGAAGGAAGCUGGAAAACUGGCCGCUCAUUCCUGUGCGUGCUGGAGUGGAUGGUUGCAUUCCCUUUGCAAGACUUCUAUUCCUAACACCACUAAACAUUAGUAAGGGACCAGCUUGUAUUGCCAUUCAUGUUCCAAGUGCCCUUUUGUUCCCAGUAUGCCGACACCUUUCUCUAUUUGCUGCUACUGUGCACGGUGUCUGAAAUGACUUGUUACAAAGAUAGUUCAGGCAGGCUUGUAAAUAUGUUUGCAGUGUUCCACAGUUAGCAUUUUGCCUAUGUGGUUGCAUGGAACGUGUUCAGACUUAUAUGAAGCAGAUGCAACAAGCCUUGUUUUUUUAUGUUUCGUCAAGCAAGUUCCUUUCCAUCAAACCCUUGUGGUGGCACUCGAUAGUGGAUAUUUGUAAGACCAUAGGUUGCUCCAAAGCAGGAUUCUUGCACUGGAAAGGUUAUUCUAAACUCCUGUAUGGUUCCUGCAGACGCACGCAUGCAGCAAGGGGAAACAAAGGGUUUCCCUCCAAUGUUUGGUUUGUUCUUGCACCUAUUUUUUAUGACAUACAUUUGAAGAAGAAAAACGUGAAGGUGGCUCUAGUCAUCGCUCCGAAAUCUUCGCGGUGCCAUGUGAGAAGAUCUCAAACUGAAAGAUCUGCCACCAUCUGAAAUGGCAGACAAGAUGCUGCAUUCUGACGUGCUCAAAGGUGGUUCUGGAUCGAUCGAGAUGUCUUCUGUGGGAGUUUGGUUUCUGUUUGAAACGCAUUUGUGACACCUUGCAGGGACAAGAGAAUUUGUGCUGCUUGUGUCGAGCUUACCGGAGGUUUAUAUUUUGUAAAGUUAUAAGUGAGUACACAUUGUGUCGAAUAGUGGUGAUGGCGGCUGUGUGUAGUUUCGGUGACGUGGGGUUAUGUUUCGUAAGCACGUCUUUCCCAAAUACGUUGCUGUCUCGAAGCUGCUUAGGCAAAGGCUCAGGCAAAUCAUAGCAAAGAAAAUAUUACUUUAUUGCUGUGCUAAAAUAAGGCAGCACUUGUUGGUAGGGCAAUUAAAAGGGUUUUCAGAUCGCAAGCUCAAUGCGAUAAAAGCAGGCAAAGACAUUUGGGUCUGAACACUAUUUCUGGCAAUGUCCAAUGUGGCGACAUGUCAUAAAAUGCAUAAUUACUCAGUGUUGCAGCAGUUGAAUGUGUACCCCAGACUCAGCAUGGUAUGGAUUUCAUUGACUAGGAUUCAAGUCUGCCUAGCUCAUUAUUCUAGAUUACACCUCAGUUUAUGCUGUCUCUAGGCAAUGUGCAUGAAAGCCAGGUCUCACAUUGAUGAUGAGUCGUGCAUUAUGCACCUGUGGUAUUCCCAAGACCUGUCUGUAUGUUAUAUAUUUAUCUCAACUUUUGGUUUAACAGCAUCUCUCAAAAAUGUCCAAUUUUAAGGGUGAAUGUAUGUGUGAAAGCUUGUGCAAAACCCACUUUCUUUUUGUGAAGUGGUGUGUAGAAAGCCACCCACUUUUAUGUGCAUUUUAAACAACGUUAAAUGCAGAUUUAUGUCAUUUAUUUUAUGUACAUUUCUUAGUUUACCUUAGCUUACUUCCGAAAAUUGAUCAGUCCUUUCAUUGAAACAAGAAAAGAUUGCCUCUGCCGAGACAAUUUGAGAGGUAAUUUAGUUGGUCCUUGGUUAUUAAUGCCUGGGCCCUGUUUUCAGUGAACUAGUUAAAACAGUCUUGAUGUGCAACGGGCAUUACACCUCGUUCAUCUUUAAGCUGACUGGAGAGCAAAGGUACAAGUGCAAGCUAGCUCAUGCUCAUUGAUAUCAAAUGUGCCUUUGUAGCACAAGUGCUUGUUCUGCAAAAGCCCUUUUAAAAGCUGUACAAUCUUGUGUGCAUGAGGGUGAAGAAAGAAGUUAUUAGCUUAGAAACAAAAAGUAAAAAACUAGACUAUUCAUACUUGCAUUUCUUCCAGAAAAUGUUUGAUUCCCUAUAUUUGGCAUUUCUGCAAAUAACCUUCUGUAUACAGUACCUCCAGUACUCUAAGCUAUUGCAUGAGUGCUAAUUUUUUGUUGUUUUUUUAUUAACUGAACAGAAAUACACCUGCACCCAUUGGUACUACCAGAAACAUUGAGGAUAUCAGAAGCAUCCAUGUUUUGCCUUGUUUCUUGAAAAUUUCAUAAGCCGUCCACAGAAAUAUAGUAGGCACUAUAUCAUAAUUAUAAACCCUUAAUCUAUUAUCAGAAUACAGUAGGGGAGAAAUUUUGAGACCAUGAAAUAUCUGUGAACCCGUUACUUUAGUAGAAUUCGGCAUGCUAAAAAUGCAUGUCGUGUUUUAGAACUUUGGUGCUAAACACAAGCUAUUCUCAAGUCACAAUCAAUUUUCAGGUAUGUAAGUUGCACGUCAUGCCUUUCUUUAUUCUUUCAUGCUAAAAGUGCUCUCAUUUGUCAUACCAUCAACUCGCUCCUCAUGCCACCCUGCCCAUAUCUUUAGCUUUAUUUAAGAUCCCACUCUGCACUGCAUACUUGGUUCUUUGAGACAAGCUGGUGAGUUAACAGCAAAAACAAACCAAAGUUUCAAGCAGGCCCUUAAACAUCACUAGUUCUGAGAGUGUUGCUUUAGGUUCUAGCCAUCCUGCUAGUUUCCUCUUUUUCAGUAACUUAAGGACACACUUUAUGGUCCUGCUUGUCAUUCAAUUUAUCAGUCAUUUGUGUUGGAUGAGAUGCACUUUAAACAUCUUGUUACACAGGAUGUCAAAAAUCAUGCUCUGAGCUGUGUAAAGAGGGAAUCGGUGGCCAAGUGGGCUAACGCGUCUUAGCUUGGAACGUGAAGCGAAAGCUUGCACUGGGAACCUCCUGGGUUCUAUCCCCACCGCCCGCGCCCGUUUCGAUCUGGACGAGUUUCGUACCGGCACGUGUUCGUGUAAUCACUACUGCGUGAUGCACAAUAAAAAACCCAGGUUAGCGGUUGUACUGCACUGGCUAAAUUUCUCAAAUACAGCUAAGCGACCGGUCACCCAUUGGGGCAUACUAACAUCAAGGCUGUAUAAACAUACAAAAGCAAGACAAUUUUUUAGCUGUGUAAAACUUUUUUGCUGACCAUUCUAAUGUGUCUGGGUCAGUCUGCAUUUUUGGGAUCACUUUUUAUUUCACAAACAUCUUGCAGAAGGUAGAGAGCACCCUCCAUGGACCGUCUAAAAAGUAUUCCUUACCGUAAGUCUUGAGACUCUUAAACUUUAUAGUCAUAAGGAGAAUUUAAUAAGUGGCUAGAUGGCAAUCUAGGACCUGGCUUGAUUCUAGGUGCUACACUGUUGCUAUACCCUGAUCUUAACCUUGUUUCUGAGAUUAUAGCUGUUAACUUUGUGACUGUAUUUUGUUUUAAAGUUCCUGUAAGUGAUAAAGUUUUCAUCACAAAAUAUUGGUGGUUGACCACAUCAUUGGUCCUUCAGUCUCUGAAAGCAUUUGGUGUCACUAAUGGCUAGUUGCUCUCUGGAGGUUUCAAAAUUAUCUAUGAAAUGUGUCCACUAAACACCUGGAGCACAGAAAUUUCGAAGCUAGUUUUUGUGUGAUAUCUCAGUGAUCUCUUCCUAUCUGUAGAGAAAACAAAUGACCUAGGGCCCACUGGGCUCAAUUCCAAUUCUCAUUUGAUCUAGUUUGCUUAAAAUGACAGUGCAUUGAUUCCAGAAAUGAUUAAGCUGUCCUAGCAAGGCACAUGUCAUUUGGAUAGGAUUUAGUCAGCCCUAUCGGUUACCCUUAUUGUAAAUCUUUUGUCCUUGCUGAUAUUUAGAAUCGAAGAUCAUGCCACAUCGAUAUAGUUGGAUCACAGCUUCUAAAACUAUAAGGAAAAUGUUUUAUUGCUGUUGGUUUUCAGCAACAAUCAUUGUUUUUGUGACAUCCUCUUCCUCUCAAGAAUUUGUCAGUUUCUUGUAAUCAAAAGCCUCUAUUAUAUUCUUAGUGGGCAGUUCGAUUCAGUGUAUCUGAAUGUCUACCAGUUAUCCAAUCAGUUUAUUUGCUAAUCAAUAGGAUUUGCAACAUUAGUUAGCCAUGUUAUUUCUCAGUUCUUGCUUACAUUUUGGCAUGAUUUGAUGAAACUAGCUUUUCUAUAUUACAUUACUAGCUCCAAUAUUGAUCUGUCUAUUUUUGUUCAAGUUCCUUGGCGAGAUGUUGGGCUGCGUGAAUAUAACGAGUUAACUCAUGUUUAACUCAUUCUUUGUGAUAAAGAUUAUCUUAAUGUCAUAAAAAAUUUAAAAUGGGGACUUAAUUUGGUGACCAGUGUGUCUUUACUUGGCCAUACAUUGACAGUAAAUAAUCCGAUAUUUCAUGCUUUAUAUGCAUUUUAUAUGAUUUGUUUAUUGCACCAUACCACUUUGGAUUGUGCAAAGAAGCGGAAAACUACACUCGCUAAGGGGCUGCUUCAUACUUGUCUCUCAAAAUAUGUACAUCCAUGCAACAUUUUGCAAACAUAAUGUUUGAAGAAUUGAUGUGUAUAUCAAACAGCUUAGUCAAAAUAACCAUUUAUUGGCCUUAAACAAGUAGCAUAUUUUGAAUUCCAUACUUUUUACACUUCACCACCUGUUUUAUUCUUGAGGGGGUGAGGAUGGGGAGCUGUGCUGGCUCAAAGGCAGCAUUGUUUGGAGCUUGCUUCUUUAGUCACAAGAGCUGAAUUAGGGUGUUCACGGCCAAUAGAACACUGCUGUUAAUGAGCACAUGACUCCAUGUAUGUCGAGAAGGCAAAUCAGGCUUGCGCUAUCCGAGUACUGCGCGUGAACAUUAGACAGCAGCUCUUAAUCCUAAAACCUGUAGGCUUUCGUAAGCACCCAUUCAGCCCAUAGAUUUGACACUGUGUUACUCGCCGCUUGUAAUGGGGACCUUUAAAAGUGUAUACAGUAGUUUACUAUUUUCUAAGCAACCACUGGUUAGUUUCUAUAGUAAAUCAAAUCAAAGCUCUCAGGCACCUUGUGGACUUUUGUGUUUAGUUGACUGCUCUGUGCUAUGGAGUCUGUAUUAAUUAGCUGAGAUUUACUGCUCCAGUAGAGGUGCUAUUUGCUAGAGUCCUUGUCUAGAUCCUGCUUUGAGACUACUGUGGACAUAUGAACCGAAACGAUCCUCCAUGCUUCCUUGGCGUUCCUGUCGAAGUUUUCAGAGAAGCUUUGGUUCAAACUUGCCGGGGAACGGGAUACUUAGGUCUCAAUGUUUGAACUCUAAUAAUUUGGGUGAUCAUGAAACUUGGAGGAAUGGUUGGCGUAGCAAACGCUCAGGUUAGGUGUUUCAGCUCAUUGUCGGAGGGGGGGGGGGGGGGGUGUACCUUUACACAUUCCACAUUUAAGGCGCAUCUAAGAAAGUGAGUUCCUGCAGUACUUGCUUUCGUUGGUCUUUCACUCUCUCUUGAUUAUCGUGCUGUGUGUGCAUGUUUCAGUAGGCUGUGUACAUACUGUGUAUAUAAGCAAUGCCUUCCUUUUGCCAUUAAAAUGUCGGUAUUUUUUAUUUUUAUUUUAGGGACCCUUGUUUUGUUUAUGCGUGGCCUUCGUUAGAUUUGCAUAUUCUUAAAUCACUAGUUUGGUAGUUAGCUUUUUAUUGCAUGUAUGUUAUUGAUAAAUUUCAGUCGUAUUUUAUUGGAGCCUUGUAUAUUUUCAUUGCACGGCGUGUGUACAACUGGCAGCGAGGUGACUGCGAAACAUUAAAGAUGUGUGCUCCCGCUGAA